UUUGUCCCAGGUCUGUUUUUCGAGGUGAUUUUCGGGUAUUUGACGGCGGUGGCGCCCAGCUACGAGGUCUUCGCCGUGUCCCGUCUCCUGGUCGGCCUGAUGAACGGCGGCAUCGGCCUCGUCUGCUUCGUCCUCACUCAGGAGUACGUGGGCAAGUCCUACUGGGCCAUGACCGGGACGUUGACCAGCAUGAGUUUUGCGAUCGGCAUCGCCCUGUUUGGAGCUCUGGGAUACUUCAUCCGGCCGUGGAGGAACCUGGCGACUGUGGCGAACUCGUCCGGCGUCCUGUUCUUCCUGAUGUCUGUAAGUCUUCCAGAGUCUCCUCGCUGGCUUUACUCUCAGGGUCAGACGGAGCGAGCUGAAGAGGUUCUGCGCUACAUGGCGCUGAGGAACGGGAACGCUGCCAAGAACCUGGUGCUGCAGAACGUGGGUUCCGCUAAAGGGGGGAGGCGUGGGAACCGGGCCGGCGUCCUGCAGCUGGUGGUCCACCCAGUCCUCCGUCUGAGGACCAUGGUGCUCAUGUACGUCUGGUACGCCUGCAGUCUGGUGUACUACGGUCUGACUCUGGGGGCCAGUGAGACCUCCGGUAGCCGGUAUCUGAACGUGGCGAUGUACGGCCUGGUGGAGCUGCCCGCCUACCCCCUCUGCAUGUACUUCAUCAACAAAGACUGGGCUGGCAGGAGGAAAAGCAUGGCCAGCUUCCUGUGUCUGGCCGGCUCCGCCUGCCUCUGCACCAUGUUCAUCCCCGAAAACACAGGCACCGUGCUGAGCGUGACGUCGUUUGCUCUCCUGGGAAAACUGAUGGUCAGCGCAGCGUUCAACAUCGCCUACGUCUACACCUCCGAACUCUACCCAACAGUCGUCAGGAACGCAGGUCUGGGAGUUUGUUCCAUGUCGUGCAGAGUUGGAGGAAUCCUUGCACCCUUCGUUCCUUCCAUGGUAAGAACCUGGUUGUUUUGCAGCUUUAAUCAACAACCGCACACAUUCUCCUUUAACCUUUGGAUGGUAUUCGGCUCAAAUUGA